AUGAGCAAUGGUGAUGCUCAAGGUGAAAUCGGUAAAUUACAACAACAUUUAGUUCUUCUUCGCGAAGAAUAUGUUAAACUUCAACAACGGUAUAAAACAUUGGAGAAGAAUUAUAAUAUUCUCAAUGUCACAUCCAAACUUGAUCAAGAUUCAUUUAUCUGCCGGUUAUUGAAGACGGUUGCUGAGCUAUUCAAUCGCGAAUUGUAUAGUGAUAUUUCAAUCAAACUCGAUGGUGAAACUCUAUACGGACAUCGAUUUAUUCUAGCUGCACGAAGUCGAAAGUGGGAUUCGCAACAAUUAGAUGACGCAGCUGAACUUGAUCUAUCAGACAUUCCGUAUGAUGUGGGAUUCCAAUUGAUCAAAUGGGUUUAUACGGAUGAGAUCGUCGAAAAACAAAACGAAGAUUUUCUUUUGACAUUAAUGAAAAUUGCCAAACGAUUCGAAUUGAAUGAGUUAAUUGAACAAUGCGAACUGGCGUUGAUAUCAGCCAUUACUGUUCGUAAUUGUUUAAAAUUCUAUAAGAUAGCCGAAGAAAUCAAUGCCACUGUGCUUCUCACACAUUGCACUCAACUGAUCAGUACACAUUGGAGUGAUUUCACUAGUGAAGAUUUCCAAUAUCUAUCAGCAUCGAUGACAUACAAGCUGUUCAAACAGCAAACUAAAUAUUCACUCCAUCAAGCUGUACGAAUGAAACGCGAAGAUGUUCUCUUCCUCUAUUUGAUCGAUAAUGACGCCGAUUUAAGUGAACGUGUUAAUGAAAUCGAUGAUCACAAUGAACUAGCAUUUGAAUUAGCACUGAAAACUAAACAGGAUAGUAUGGCAGAAAAUCUUGUCCGCCACAAAGCCGAUAUCAAUCACAUUGAUAAGGAUAAUCAAACAUUACUUCAUCUAGCCAUCAAACGAGGUGACGAACAUUCGGCAACGUUCCUAAUCAAACAUUCCUGUUUGCUCAAUCAUCAAACGAGUAUGAAACGUGAAACUCCAUUGCAUUUGUUGAGUAGUUUGAAUCCUAAUGAGCUUUCAACGGACAUUAUGAAUGGUAUGUGCCGUGUUGCACAAUUGAUGCUUGAAUAUGGAGCAGAUGCCAAUGAAAAAGACGUACAAGGCAACACAUGUCUACACCGGGCGAUUUUAGCAGAAAAUAUGAGUGUUUUUCAUGAAUUAUUGAAGGUGAAAAAUCUGUCAUUGAAUGAAAGAAAUAUCGAUGAUCAUGUUCCACUUUGGCUCGCUCUUCAACAAGCAGAACGUAAACAGCUAGAUUUAAAUACUGAAACGUUCGCUAGUCUACUUGUUGCUCGUGGUGCAAGUAUCGAUGCUGUUGAUCCACUGACGAAUGAUUCACUUCUUCAUAAAUGUGCUCGCCAUCAGUAUCAAUCUGCUGGCCUCUAUCUCAUCAACAAUCAUGCUUCGAUUAACCAUACGAAUAAACAAGGCGAGACGGCCCUGCAUUUAACAUCACAGUAUGGAUUAGAGAAACUGACGAAUGCAUUGUUAGAACAUGGUGCUGAUCCGAAUAUUCAAACUCUUAUGACUUCAUCAGUAGCCGAUGAAGUUAAUGAAAAUGUCGGUCUGCAAACGCCGAUCCAUCGUGCUGUUUAUGCCGCACAAGAAAGUAUACUUCAUAUCUAUAUAAACAUUCUUGAGAAGAGCACCAACGAUGAACACGAGAGUAAUCUCAGACCGAAUUUCAAUUUACAAGAUGAACAUGGUCAAAGUGUGUUCUCUCUCACACUUUGGAUGAAUAUGUUACCAAUUGCCAAACAACUCUUACAAAUUGGCCAUGCACAAAUCAAUAUAACCGACUCAGAACAAAUCCCAUUGUUAGCGCAAGCAAUCAUCAAACAAAAUGUUCAAGCCGCUCUGUUUUUACUUGAACAAAAUGUGGAUGUUAAUCACAAAGCGCAUGGUUUAUGUCCGAUACAACUAGCGGUGAAAUACCACUUACCCUCUGUUGUCGAAGCUCUUUGUCGCAACAGUGCUCAGAUGAAUAUCAUCGAUGAAAAUGGAAAUAGUGUUAUAUGGAAUGCCCUGGAUUCCGGACAAGAAGACAUUGCAACGAUAUUGGUUAAAUUUGGUUGUGAUAGUACACAAUGGUCUAGUGGACCAGAAAAUUGUCGACAAACACUAUUACAUCGAGCGAUUGAUGAAAAUAAUGAGAGUGUCGCUUGUUUUCUUAUUCGAAGUGGUUGUGAUAUCAAUUCACCGCGUCAGGUUGGUUCGAAUGGUGAAGCUCCUGAUAUAUGUAAAACUCUUGAAAGUCCACUACAUCUCGCUUGUCAAUGGGGUCUCGAACGUGUUGUCUCGACACUAAUCGAAUAUCAUGCAGACAUUAACAAAAAAGACGCCGAAGGAAAUACUCCUAUUCAUGUUGCCAUUAUCAACCAACAUCUGAAUAUUAUAAAUCUCUUGAUUCGUGCACACAAUCUUGAUCUGUCGAUUCGUAAUAAACAAAAUCAAACAGCAUUCGCUUGUUCAAUCGUCUCAAAGAACAAUGAAGCAGCAAAUCUUAUCCUCAAACGCGAACCAAAAGCAGCGGAACAGAUUGAUAACAGAGGACGCAAUUUUCUUCACAUAGCUGUGCAAAAUGGUGAUAUCGAAAGUGUUCUAUUCCUCCUAACCGUCCACGUCAAUGUAAAUAAUCGAGUACAAGAUGCCAGUCAAUUAACACCAUUACAUUUAUGCGUUCAAACAGGGAAUGAAAUUAUUCUCAGAAAUUUAUUACUAGCCGGAGCAAACAUCAAUGAUGUUACGGCCAACCGUCGAUCUGCAUUGCAUAUUGCAUCGGAAAACAAUCGUGGCUUUAUUUGUAGUAUUCUCAUCGAAAAUCAUAUUCAAACAAACUUAUCCGACGCGAAUCAAAACACUGCACUUCAUUUGGCUGUUCAACAUGGCCAUUUGGAUGUCGUACGUCGAUUGCUAUCCGAAUCAGAUAUUGAUGUUUUCGCGCUGAAUAAUAAGGGAAUGAAUUGUCUUCACGUGUUGGCAUAUUACAGUAUGGAAAAUGCGCAUUCGAUAUUUGCAACAUUGUUACAAUUUUAUCCAAACUUUCCUCUUAACAUUCAAGAUACGCAAGGCAAUUCAGCUCUUCUCUCAGCAUAUAAAAAUGGUCACGGACAACUAUGUCGUGCACUCGUCAUUGCGGGUGCUAAUCUAAGUAUUUGCAACCAUGAAUCUCUUUCUAUAUUUACCAUGCCAGCCGCAAGUAAAGCUUUGCUCGUCAAUAUUCUUGAUGUUAUUCCUCGUGAACCACCAUGGGGUGAAAGUGAAACUUGUUUGGAAUGUGGAGUGAAGUUUACAAUCACCAAUCGCAGACAUCACUGUCGACAUUGUGGACGGGUUCUCUGCAAACGUUGUUCAAUGAAUGAGUUACCCAUAAUGAAAUUCAAUUUACAGAGACCUGUACGAGUAUGUCAACUAUGCAAUGAUGUUCUCACUCUUGGUGUGAUGGCUGCUCGUUGA